CAGACAUACCAAAGAACGGCGCCACAGUUAGUUAUGCAGUCGGUAAACUGUGUCAGCUUAUUGCUUGGAGCCGCAAUCCUUUCGGCCAGCCUUCAGCUAUUCGUCACCGUUGCCCACAGAGAGUUGCUAAUGGUGACUAACAGUGACAAAGGACCAAUAACUAAGCAGGAGUUCACUAUUGACAAAACCAGCAUAGGCGAGGGUAUCGGAAACAAUGCAGCAACAAGACGAAAGUUGGUUUCUAGAGAUGCAGUCAUGGAGAAGGCGGAAGGAAAGGAUGCUCGAAGCAUACCGAGCUCAGGCGCAAAACAUCCUGUUGGAAAAUGUGGGCCUCCAGGAAGAAAGGAUUUGACUGUCAACUGUUACUUUAGCAGUAGAAAACUUCCUCCAAAGGUUUACUUCGACGGUCACAUACCUUUCACUGCUGAUUACCCUAAACCAGAGCACCACCAUCCUAAGAACAACUAGACGUAGAUUGGGUACAGCCAAGUAACGAUAACUAGUUUUCACCCUUUUUUUUCUCUUUUUCUUUGGUUGGCCAUUAUAUUUGCAAGCUACACUACUUCCUGUUAGAUAUAUGUGUUUAGUCAUAUAUAUACGUACCUAUAUUAA